GUUACACAUUGUAUUACUGAAAACAAACGAGAAGCGAUAGAGUCUGCUUGCUUUCAUUGCUUAGUGAGAUAGGAAAUCAAUUCAUUUCGUGGAGGCAUUCGUCCAACCUAUUGCUUGGUACACGUUAGGAUGACGCAGGCAUAAGCUGCUGUAACAUUCCGUGUGGAAGUAUGGCUUUCUUCAGUUUGGUGUUGGUGUUUACAGGGAUAGUUUGCAGCCAGGCUUGUGAUCCAAACUUUUGUGUUGGCCGGGUUCAUGAACAGACGUACUGUGACCCUGCAGAUAACACCUCCUUCUACGUGUGCGACAACGGCGUUGCGAAACACGCCACGUGUCAACCCGGUCUUGUUUACCGCAUAGACUACUGUGCAUGGCCUCAUGAAGGGGCCUGUGUCCCAGAUCCCGUGCCAGACACGUCGCAAGGAACAGUGGUAAAUGGCGUGUGUGAACCUUCCGUUUCAACCGGAAGCAGCGCAACUACAUCACAAAACACGGAAAUUUCAGGUGCAGUUCGCUGGGAUCUGUACAGAAGACAUCGUCAUCAGAAGAGUUCCUGCACGGUCCUCCAGACACUAAAUACUGCCUCGGCUAUAUACUGUGGCUCAAUCUGUUCACUAACCAGCGGCUGUACGGACUUCAACUUAUCCAUCCUCGGGGACAGUUUUGAAUGUCAGCUGUUAAGAUGCCUGCUAGACUUCCUUCUUAGUAGUUCCCCAGAUCACGACUUUUACGAAGAGAUAUAAUACUUGAGUGAAUGAGCACUCCAAAACUACCCUUUUUGGUAUAAAAUAUAUUCCAAGGAAACAACUCACACUUCUUCGAUACACCUAAAACAAUGUCAAUAAAAUGACCCAAACUGUACAUAUAUAUUUGGUGUCGUGCUGGUGCGGUGCUCUCCGGGAUUCGGGAAGGGAGAUGUUCCGCAGAGACUGAGGAUAUUGUUUGUUUGUGUUUUAACGGUAUUGUUGAGUUAUAUGACUAUGAAUAAUCGAGUCUGGACCAGACAGUACAGUGGUCAACAUCA